AUGUCUAGAAGCAAAUCGCACAGCAUACCACCCCAAAGAGAACGGAGCUCAUCGUGGGAGCUUGACGCUGACUACGUUAAUGAAUCACACAUUAAAUCAUUUGCAGAGGCUUUACAAGCAGAGGACAUUACUCCACUUGAUCAUCCCGAGCCAACAAGCCCCGGCCUCUCGCCCACGGUGUUCACACCUACUGGACCGCGAGUGCGCAAGGUCUCCGCGCUGUCAGACUUCGCACCCGUGAAUUUGAAAGUAAAGAAACGGAAGAGGACCGGUAAACCGCAGCAGAAGAGGCAGGAAUGGCUCUUCCUUGUUUUGCGGUGGCCACUGUUGGCUAUCAUUUUUCUCAUCAUGGCCGUGCAAUUUAGCCUAUACAUUCUCAUCCGACAGCUCGUCAAUGCGAAGGAGUGGUUAUCAGCAUGGCGUGGACGCAAGGGCAUCCUACGCAAACGGCUUCGCAGUGCCAAGACUUACCAAGAAUGGAAAGAUGCGGCUUUAGUUCUUGAUGAGUAUCUCCAUUUUGACGAAUGGAAGACCACAGACGAAGACCCGUAUUAUGACUGGAAGCUGGUAAGAAAGGUUCGUCGGUCAUUAAGAAACCUGAGAGAGAAGAAGGACGCGAGAGGUGUUCUUGGCGUUUUGGAAACGAGUAUUCGUACCAAUUUUGCGGGUGUAGAGUCGGCGAGAUUAUACAGCGAAACAUUCUACGGCACGAAGGAUUUAAUUGAGUCCUAUAUUACCGAGCAGGAGAAAGCUAUCGAAUACGUUCGCGACACACCUGACUUAUCCCUUGAGGAGAAGAAACGGUUUUUCAAGAGCGCUAACACAAACCUCGGAACAUCUGCGCUUUGUCUGUCUGGUGGCGCAUCUUUUGGCUAUUACCAUUUCGGCGUCGUGAAAGCAUUCUUGGAUGCGGAUCUGCUUCCUCGCGUCAUUUCAGGUACUUCCGCUGGCGGCCUGGUGGCAGCAUUAGUUUGCACGCGUACAGAUACUGAACUUAAACACUUGCUCGUGCCUGAUCUUGCCAACCGCAUCACCGCCUUCGAGGAACCAUUCCAUCUGUGGUACAAGCGUUUCUGGACCACUGGAGCGCGAUUCGACAGCGUUCUUUGGGCGAGAAAGGCUUGCUUCUUCACUCGCGGUUCGACGACAUUCAAAGAGGCAUAUAUGCGGACAGGACGCAUAUUGAACAUAUCUGUAAUUCCUGCUGAACGUCACUCUCCCACCAAGCUACUGAACUAUAUCACGGCGCCGGAUACAGUGAUUUGGAGCGCGUUGCUCGCGUCUGCUGCGGUCCCUGGCAUAUUGAACCCUGUUGUCUUAAUGGAGAAGCUCAAGGAUGGUACCAUCGUACCUUGGAGUUGGGGUAGCAAGUUUAAGGACGGCUCCUUGAGAGUUGACAUUCCUGUCCAAUCGCUCAAUCUGUAUUUCAAUGUCACCCAUCCGGUGGUGUCGCAGGUUAACCCUCAUGUACACUUGUUCUUCUUUGCCCCGCGAGGAUCUGCCGGCAAGCCGGUUGCGCAUCGCAAAGGGAAAGGCUGGAGGGGCAAUUUCGUGCUAUCUGCGGCCGAACAAUGGUUGAAACUCGAGCUCACCAAGAACUUCAAGUUGAUUCGUGAUCUUGAUUUAUUGCCUGAGUUACUGGGCCAGGACUGGUCCAGUGUGUUCCUGCAGAGGUUUGAUGGAACUGUUACAAUUUGGCCUCGCACAAUAUUCAAAGAUUGGCUCCGUAUCCUCAGUGAUCCUGAUCCUGUGGAAUUGGACAGAAUGUUGCAAGUUGGUCAACUCGUUACUUGGCCUAAGCUGCACAUCUUCGAGAACAGAUACCGGCUCGAGAAGCAGAUCAUACUUGGCAGGCAGGCAGUCCGCAGAGCUACGCGUGCCCACGGCCAGGAGCGAUCUACCCUGAGGACCGCAGAACUGCAGGAGCGUGAUCCCCUACCAAGCGCAGAUACGAAACUCUUCGCUAACUUCACCCCACCCGUAUUUACUCCGCCUAUCACUUUGACAACAUCUGAGGGGCCUAUACCAAUUGAUUCCGAUGCUGAAGCAGCAUACCUCAACGGAUCGUUGAAAGACGAACACUAUCUCCGAACCCAUCCUCCUGCGAGAUCUCAAGAUUGUCGUCGCUCUUCUGUGCGCCGCCGCCAGUGGGUGACGAACACGUCGCAUCAUGACGAGAGAGAUGUCUUGGAGGAGGGUGACUUCGGCGGUGCCACUCCCGAUCCUCCGCCCCCGACAAGUACCGCGUCGAACACCCCGCCUCACCCUGCUCCUCAGCCUCCUCUCAGUGCCAAUAGCGCAGCCGGAUUCUUCAAGAGACUACGUACAGGCUCCCUGUCGUCAACCUUCUCACCGUUCGCAUCGUUGCGCCGAAAUAGCAGGUUGGCUACUUCGGACUCGCACCAGGAUUCGUUGUUGGACCCGUCCUACUCCGGGGACAGCUCAUCCGACGACGAGCUUUCCGUGAUAUCACUGCGACGUAGUCGUGUUUCAUCGCUGCUGGACAUACGACCAGACCAGGGACUCUCCGACGAAGAAAGCGAUGACCAUUGA